AAACAUUCCAUAGUGGAUCGUCGGGCUAGACGGAGGCCCAGUGGAGAAGUUACCGGGGUUCAGCCACCGCUAUUUCAAUACCCCCAGCCUCUCGUUUAUUUACUCGGGAAGUCGCGUUUCAAAAGAGAGGGUGCUGGGGCUUUUCUCAAGUCCAAUCUCAUGCAGCGAAACGCACGCUAUUGAUUUUACCAUCCUUUGCUUUGAUCCUGAUCAUCUCCCGAUUCAAGGGGCCGUUUCGUCUCCUCCUUAACCCUCGCUGAUCGCCCACCCCUCCCACCCCCCCCCUCGUGGACACUUCAUCAAUCUGCACCACUGCUCCUUUGGGCUCUCGACCUUCCCUCAGGUCACACACCGGCAACGCCACUACAGCCCCUCCGCUCCUCGAUUCGACGUGGCAUUCAAAUCCAGACUGGCCGCUGCUCCCAAGUCCCCUUCGUCAUUAUGUCCUCCGAUCUCUCCCCUUCUCCGAUUCCCCUACAUUCCAAUGCGUCACCACGACCUCACGAGACCGUUGCCUCGUCGCCCCUAAACGCGGCGAUCCCUGCAAAUUCAUCCAAGAACCGCUUCCACAGUCUUCCUUCACACCGUCGGUCAAAUACUGAGUACAUUGCACGACCCCCUAUCUUCGAGGACACCGUCUACGAUUCAACAUCCAGCAAUCACCUCACCAACCGAGCUGCUCCAAACUGGACCGAUACAUUUCCAAAGAAGAAGUUUGAAGCGAGAGCAAGGAUCUUGUCAGAUUGGUUCCAGGGCAAGUCAGAGCCGGGCGAUUCGGGACACAGCAUGCGUCCGGAUAGCCAUCCUAACGUGGCUGGGAUGGAAGCGUCUCGGAUUGGGGCAGGAACCCCAUCACAUAUGCGCAAGAACUCGGCUCCAGGGACAGGACGCUUCUCAUUCUUCGGCCUCCGCCGACCCGCUGAACAGAGGCUUGAUUUCCCUGAGCCCGCAGACGAUGAGAUUUUGAACCUCGAUAUCUCAGCGGCCCUGUCCCCUCCCGAUUUCAACCUGAGUCGCGAUGAAGCGCUGGAUAGCCUUCGCGAUCAGGCUACCACCGUUCUGCAACGCAUGCAAGAAGCAUACAAACAAAGGACCUUUGCCAUGCACCAAGCUCUAGCCGAUCGAAACGAGAAACAUGAAGAACUCGAGGAGACCCGCGCACGGGUGGACCACCUCAAGAUGCAGCUAGACGGCAUGGCCGCCAAAGUGCUGGAGCAAGAGAAGGCCAUGAAAGCCAUGGCCGAAGAGUUGGAACAGGAGAGACACUUGCGCCAGCGCGAGGACUCCCGCAGCCGGAGCCGUACCAUGCGUGCAAAUCCCCCCGAAGAUGAGAUCCCAUCACUUGGGCUUCAGACUCUUCAUCGCGGCGGCAAGCGUACUAGCCAUGGUACCUUUACGAGCGACUCGGGCUUCGAGUCUGGAGACGAGAGUGUCGCUGACAGCGUCUUCUCGCACAAAGAGUCUGUCGAGUCACCGACAUCUACUCUAAGCGCCCCGUCACCAAGUAUGUCCCAGGUCGCCUUGUCUGCGCCCUCGUCACUGCCCACAAUUCAAAAGAAUCUUGUCGCUACCACUACAAACCCCGCGCCGGCCCGCUCAUCGACGUACGAACGGGUCAUCAAGGGCAUAGCCUCAACCCGCUUGGGCAGCUCUUUCGUUGGUAACGCCAAUAAUUGUAACAUUUGCCAUGGUAUUCCAGCUUCAGAAGCUUGGAGCGUCAUGGGAGUUCUGAAGGAUGAAAACCGGGGCCUGAAGACGCGCCUUGGCGAGUUGGAACUGGUCAUUGAUGACUGCAUAGGUCUCGUUGGUCCUUGAGAAUGUCACUAUCGACCAAAUUAUGAUGAAUAAUUCCCUGAGAAAGCUCUUGGCGAGCAUGGAUUGGAUCUGGCGUCUGUAUAGAUAGAAUCAUUUGUGUGAAGAUAGGAGCUCAUCAACCUGCUCUUACGAAAGCCAUAUAAGGCAUGUUAGGGAAAGAUCAACUAAGAUACGUUCUUUUCAAGACUGAUCGGCUGUUUGAAGCUGUAGACCCUUUUGGGAGCGACCCUGUCGUAGUGUGGGGAUAAGCUCGGGGCCC